AUGGACAUAACUGACAUAGCCGCUCAGGUCAAAGAGCGAAUCACCUUGGCCCCAGGCUUGCCCAAUCCAAACCCAACGCAAUCAUCAUGGCAGCAGCCCCCUCAUCCGACAGUUGCCAGCAUACAGUCAGAUCUCGCCAAGGAAGCAGAUAUUGUCAUCAUUGGAUCCGGCGUCACUGGCUGUGGUGCCGCCCAUGCCUUACUGCAUCACCCAGACGCCACCAAGCUGCGCAUAACUGUUCUUGAAGCCCGAGAGACAUGCAGCGGGGCAACUGGUCGGAACGGUGGGCACAUCUGCUCCAAUAUUCUCGAGAGCUUUGCCCACAAUAUGGAUGCACAUGGCCUAGAAGCUGCUCUUGAGACGGCCCGUUUCAGUGAAGCCAAUGCUAUCCGGCUGAGGGAGGUUGCAGCGAGCCUGGUCGAGAACGACCGCGAAGCAACAGAGCUUCGGGACGUCGUACUAGGACUUUCUACAUCCAAAGCUGAAACUAUGGAGCGUCUCAAGGCUGCCGUGAAAUUACUUGUGAAAGAAUAUCCAGAUAGUAUUAUUAAAUUCAGAUUCGUGGAAGAUCAGGAUCGGAUAAAGGAAUUUUCCUUCCAAGACGACAUUGUUGGUUUGGUAGAGCAGCACGGUGCAGCCGCAGUAUGGCCCUAUCGCCUGAUCACUGCAAUUUUCGAAAAACUUUUGACGGAGUUUGGGGGUCGUUUUACAUUACAGACAAACACGCCGGUCCAAACCAUCAAAUUCAAUCAAGCGGAAUCGCUGCCGUAUUCAAUUGCCACGCCCCGGGGCAUUAUUCGAGCGCACAAAAUCCUUCAUUGCACAAAUGGCUUUGCGGGUCAUCUGGUACCGAACCUGGUGGGAGCCAUAUACCCUCUUCGCGGUACCAUGUCAGUGCAGAAACCGGGCCCUGACUUUCCUAUGUUGGGAGAUCGUUUCUCUUGGUCCUCAGUAAAUGAAUUUACCUACCGCCCGGAAAGUGAUGCCUGGGAUACUCAAUAUCACUAUGUGCAGCAGAAUGCGAAAACAGGAGAGAUCUGGAUUGGAGGCGAAUGUCAGAAAUUAUCAGAGCUACUUACUAGUGAUGACUCGGCCGUUGGGGAAACAACACAGCAAAAGCUCUCGACAGUGCUUCCAAGUAUAUUUUCCAAUGUGGAGCCCCAUCAAGUGCGACAGGUCUGGUCUGGGAUAAUGGCCUUCACUUCUGAUGGCUGUCCAAUUGUUGGUCGAAUUCCAUCCUCAAUAUCCGGUCGGGAGGGCCAAGGAGAAUGGAUCGCAGCCGGAUAUAAUGGACAUGGAAUGGACAAAGCUUGGUUAUGUGGUGAAGGAAUAGCCCGAAUGGCUCUUGGGGAAGGGAGUGUACCCGGUCUGCCGCAGAUCUACUUGCUUGGGGAGGAUAGGUUGGAUAGACUUACAGUAGGCGAAUCUGUAGGCGCGUUCAAGUCUAUGUUUUCCUAG